AUGUAUUACAGGUUCAUCAGAGACAGUUUUUGGGGUAGACUAGCCUACCAUUUGACUGGGCACAAGGUAUUUGCCCAUCCAGAAGAACACAAAGAUUAUGUGGUACCAGAAAAGUACACUAAAGGCGAAAACGUAUCUACCAAUACCAGCUCAGCAGCUGACGUAGAAGUCGAAGUAGAAAAAUCUUCACAAAUUGUCGUGGACUGGGACGGCGAUGAUGAUCCAGAAAACCCAUACAAUUGGCCAACUUACCAGAAAGUUCUCUUCAUCUUGGAGAUCUGUUUCUUGACAACUUCUGUCUACAUGGGUUCCGCCAUCUAUACUCCUGGUAUCGAACAAAUCAUGGCCGAUCUCGACAUCGAUCAAACAUUGGCUACCUUACCGUUGACUAUGUUCGUCAUUGGCUAUGGUCUUGGUCCAAUGGUCUUCUCUCCAAUGUCUGAGAAUGCAAUUUUUGGAAGAACUUCAAUCUACAUUGUAACAUUAUUUAUCUUUUUCAUCUUGCAAAUUCCAACUGCAUUAGCCAAAAAUAUCGCUUCUUUGUCUGUGUUAAGAUUCUUAAGUGGCGUUUUUGCUUCUCCAGCUUUGGCUACUGGGGGUGCUUCGGUAUGUGAUGUCAUUCAAUUGCCCUAUGUUCCUGUUGGACUUGCUGCUUGGUCUCUUGGUGCCGUUUGUGGUCCCUCUCUUGGUCCAUUGUUUGGUUCUAUUUUGACUGUCAAGGGUGGAUGGAGAUGGACUUUCUGGUUCAUGGCAAUCAUCUCUGGUACUUCUUUCUUGCUCUUGAGUUUCUUCUUACCUGAAACUUAUGGCAAAACUUUGCUUUACAGAAAGGCUAAGAGAUUAAGAGCACUCACUGGCAACCAAAACAUUACUAGUCAAGGUGAAAUUGAGAACAGCAAGUUAACCAUUUCUGAAUUGGCUAUUGAUACCUUAUGGAGACCAAUUGAGAUUUCAAUUCUUGAACCCGUUGUCUUGUUGAUCAAUCUUUAUAUUGCAUUGGUGUACUCUAUCUUGUACCUUUGGUUUGAAGCCUAUCCCAUUGUAUUUCUUGAGACAAAACAUUUCACAUUGGUAGAAUUGGGUGUUUCCUAUCUCAGUAUCAUCGUUGGUAUCUGCAUUGCUGCUGCCAUCUAUAUCCCUGUUGUUAAACGGAUCUUCACCAAUAAGCUUCUCACUAAUCAGCCUGUCUAUCCUGAAGUGUUCAUCCCUAUGGCAAUAGUCGGUGGAAUCUGUAUGCCUAUUGGUGUUUUAAUCUUUGGAUGGACUGGCGCUGCAGAUAUUCAUUGGAUUGGACCGAUCAUUGGUGGAGCCAUCUUUGCUGCCGGAGCUUUCUUGAUUUUUCAAACAUUGUUCAACUAUUUGAGUAUGUCAUUCUGGAGAUAUUUGGCUUCAGUCUUCGCCGGUAAUGAUCUCUUCCGUUCAGUCAUUGCCGGAUCGUUCCCGUUAUUCGGUAGAGCUUUGUUCACGAACUUGAAGACUGAAAGGUUUCCUACUGCAUGGGGUUCAACUAUCUUGGGUGCUAUCACUGCGUUGAUGAUUUUGAUUCCUAUUUUGUUCUAUUUGAAUGGUCCUAAAUUGAGAGCAAGGUCUAAGUACUCUGGUGAUGGUAGUUAG